GUCCUCGUUCCUGCCCUGCUUGUCUGGCUAGCUGCACGCUCUCGCCUUCGCAACACCACCUUCCCUAUCGUCGAGCAGCCGACUAUCGAUUCUAAUCGCGCCCUCAGCAACCAUCACCGAUUCGAGCCGUGCGCAUUUCAGACUUUCCGACCUGCAAUCUGUCUCUCGACGGGGGACCAGUUCCCGACUUUGAUACCGCGAUCUCCCCCAUCAACGAUCGACGCUAGGUCGUUUCCUUGGAUUACGAUUUUAUCGUGUUCCCACGACACCACGCUUGCGCCUGCCAACUACGAACCUCAACGCGACAAACAACACAUUUACGCAUCGAGUCUCGCCUGGCCAUUUCGAUUUCUCAGUUGAUGCGAUUGCGCUACCCUGCCGGCUUGCGCAUCUGGCGCCGAUGACUGCAUCCCAUCUCGCAGCCACCUAGCAACGGGAUCAGCCCCUAUCAUCAUCUGUCGCUAGUCCGUCGCAGCCUCUUGGACGACCGAGAAUCUGUCUGCUGUCAGAGAGGAACGGCACCAGCUCAGGCUUUGGAGGGCCGAUCGUGAGGCAGGCAACGAGGCAGGAAGGGCCCUCCCCCGAUGCCUGGAAUCGUCACCAUGGAGAAUGGAGGCCUGAAUGGAACACACCUGAGUCAUAGCAGAGACCUGAAGACUAACGGUGUCAAUGGUGGGAAGAUGGAGGGACAGCCGUCGCCGAACAAGGGUAAGGCACCGGCCGAUGAUGCCCCGGCGACAGACGACAUGGCGAACGGCGCCUCCGACGCGAAAGGCAAGCAGCAAACCCAAAUAUCUACCAGCCUCACGUUACAACAAAAGCCGAGGAUGAAUGACCUACCGGAGGAGAUUGUGCACAUCACGCAAGGAUACAUCCCCUUGUCAAUGAUCGUUUCGCGCCUUGCGCAGCGCACCCACGAAGACUUGGAGAAGACGAUCAUGGACAUGGCCGCUAUCAAGUGGGCUCCACCAGCUGUGAACGGGAACACACCCAAUGGCACCGACACCCCGGAUGACAUGUCAGAAGGGAACAAAAGGAAAAAGAUGCUCAUGCUCAAGUUUGCCCAAGAUGCGCAUUCCAAAUGGGUCAAAGCACUCGUCAUUACGGACUGGAGCAGGAACGCGGAGGCUGUCAGCAAGCUAAUCGACAUCAAGGCGCACAUCGAUUCCAAGCGGAUGCUGUUCGACUUCUGCCAGGACUUGCUGAUCGAUCUGAAGCGAUCCCUCAUUUCAGCGCGGCUUCCCAACCCUGAUCUUAAGACUGCCCUGCAGGUUCUGACAACUGGUGAAGCAUCAUGGAUCCCCGAGCCGGGUUAUAUUCCACCGCCGCCAUUAACACCGGAGGAACAGCUGAAAUGGAUCGACGAUCUUAACACCAUGCUGUCUCUGCGCCUAAACCUGGACGACUACAACAAGAUACCACAUCAAUUCAAGGACUAUGCCAUACACUCGGGCAGAGUCACUUUUAAGGUCAAGGGCGAAUUUGAGGUGGACCUGACCAUCGCCGAUGAGGAUUUUGCGAAGCAAUUUUGGUUCAUCGAUUUCCGGUUUUCCUUCUCCCCUUCCUCGAGCAAGCUUUCUGACACCUUGGUGUCAUACCUCGAACUACGGGUCAACGAGAUUCUGGGUCAAGACGGCUUGGAGGGGUGUUAUCAAUUCCUCCACGAGUUCGUCCUCACGCACAAGAUCAACGAACUCCGACGACAAGCUAUCGAGCUGAGCCGCAGCACGUGGACCGGAACAUUAAUGGUCGAACCCCUCAACCGAGCUUUGGCCGUCCAAUACUGGACCGCUCGGUAUGGCCCCAACGGGCCUAAGAGCUGGGUCAUGGUUGCUGUCAAUAGCGCGAAAAGGACCAACGGGCAGAUCGAUCGGAAGCAUUCCAGUCGCUUAGUUGCGCGGUGGUAUCGCGACAACAAGGAGGUCAAAGACGUCUUUUUACCGUUCGACGUCGACAAUUUGUGUGCCGAGGAUCUGCUCAAGACUGCUGUUGCCCGGCACGUGGAGCAUAUACUCUCCUCGAUCCAUGCCAAGCUUCUAUCAUAUCCCCGGUUCGUGAAAAGAGAGUCCUCCAUGACUCUCAAGAUCUCACGAACAGAGCCGAUGGAAUCGUGCUUGAGUAUGCAACUUGGCUCGCGGGACAAUGUCACCCUCAUCAUACAACCAGUGACCGGCUUUGCGGCCAUCAAGCCCCAUACCAAGUACUCUCUCAACGGCGAGAAUCGACUCAACUAUGGCGGCAAGGACCCCGCCGAGGAUGGCGUUAUCUGCCUGGAAAACAUCAGGUGGGGCUAUGUCAUCGAAGAAUUCAAUCGCAGAGGACGUAGCGUGGGCUGGAAGACUUGCAAAAGCCCGAUUGGAAGUGAAGAGAUCAAGCAAAUCAUCCGGACUCGCGAAGGUUUCCAGACCAUCUUUCUCCAGCGUCAAAGUCUAGGCCAGGAAUGGUAUGUGAUGGUGUCAUUGAGCCUGAGCGGUGAUGAAUGGUGGUUGCUUGAAAUCAACCGCAACACGCCGGGACGUCCGAUCAAGUUUCAAACCAAGCUAGAGCUCACCCGAGGGCAGCCCGACCUGGACGACUCUUUCUGGUCGAAUUUGACCCUCUUUGUUACCGGCAUCAUUGCUCAAGCUACCGAUCUAGAAGAUUUGCACAAAAAGGAGGUCAAACACCUGACGAAGGAAUCCACGAACUAUUCGCUGCCACAGCAAGUCCGGCUUCCGUCUCUUAUCCUCAAACUGUCACAAAUACUGCGACCGUCAGAGAUCAGCAGCGCACAUGAUACCUCCAAGGAUGCCCCAUAUCGUUCGAGCAACAACAAUUUGUCUUGGGCUCAGGACCAAAUCGAAGUGAAGUUCAGGGGGCUUCUACCUCAACCCUCAGUGACACUUGACCAGCAUGACAACUCCCUCUCAGCCGUCGAGGUGCUUGAGAACAUCCGACUCAACACUGUGGUCGACGCCGCUGUCAAGGUCAAAGAUAAAGCGAAAUUUGCGCUGCUCAAAGGCCGCAUCGACCGGGACGUUUCUUUCAGCCCCAAGAAAGGCGAAUUCAUCUUUCGGAUUCGCCAAUCAAUCGGACAGCCGAUCCUGGAGACUUUAACAACCCACGUAAACUCCAUUGACCGCCUCGUAGGUUUCCUUGAGGCCAUGGGCAAGGCACGAGGCGACGUCAGAUGCGAGAAAGUUAGUCUCAAGCAAGUCAUUUUCACAUAUAGCGACAUGAUAAUGCCCGGCGAGAGUAGCAGUACGCAAAAGCCCCAGCGAUGGCGGGUGUCCCUCGAUUUAGCCAAGAGCGACAUCCGGAUGUCCUUGGAAAGGGGAAACCCGCACUUGAGAGUGCUCGAUCUGCUCACGACUCUCGUCAAUACCCAGAACGGUCUGAAAGCACUACUAGUAUACAUGCCAUUGUUGCUGCCCAUCCUGAGAACUCUCGACAACAUCGAGUCGAAGUGGGAGCCUUUGGCAACAACAAACCAAGGGCGUCUUGAGGUCUUUCCAAGAUCUGUUGAUUGGAUCGCACUCCGUUAUACUCUCCCCAACACGAACGGCCAACCACGAAUACUUGUCCUACAAAUCCGAAGCAAGCUGCGGCGCAGCGAGGUGUGGUGGAAUUUCUCUCGCACAAUACCGGGGGGGUCCGCCCCCCCUGACGAGGGGUUUAAUAGGGUCCUGAAGAGGAUCUGGGAGUCACAUGGCGACGGAUGGAGGGGUCUUACGACGGGCGCAGCUGCCCAGCCGGGACCCAGCACCAUGGAACUGCUUACGAGGCUUGACGACGCUGUGCGGGCAUACGCUGUAACUGGAGACAUCAGCGAGGCACCAUUGACACAGGAGGCACAGACACAGUCGAGUCAGACAUUUUCCGCAAACCAGUCUUUCGGCACACAGCCCACGAGCGUGAGCCAGGGAAGCAACAGGAGCAGCGGAGGAAGCAAGCAGGCGCCUCUGGUGCUUGACUAAGUACUGACACCAGUGUCCAAUGCUAGCAUAUGGGCUAAGAAGCAUAUGGAACAGUCGAUCAAGGGCAACUUGUCACCCGCAGAUGUACAUACCUGGUCAACAAGCACAGUGGAUGAUGCCACUUGUCUUUUGUUUUCUCUUUCCAUUCUCCUUCUAUCAUUACUAGAGGCGUCGCGAUACCAAGGGAAGGGUACUUAGAACGACGAAAGACUCGGAUGCCGCGAAGGACGCGCCAAGAUAGUACUUUCAGAGAAAGCCGACCUACCAUGACCAGGAAGGUGAUCGCAGUGAUACCUCUGAAUAAACAUGCAGACUUUAAAGCGCCAGCGUCCCUCUGAACUCUUGACACGCAUGAUUCAACG